CAAAAUAUUUUGGAGCAAUAGUUUUCCCUCCGUUGUUGUCCGUCGAAAAUCAGGUUUAAAACCAAAACCCUAAACUAACCUAAGUCAUUGUGUAUCAAAGAAAAAGGAUGUCGUCAAACCACGAACACGAAGAUCUGGAUCUCCUGCUUUCUCUUGACGACAGAGUUCCUGAAACCCCUCCCGCUUCUCCUUCUCCGCUUGAUGUGGAUGAUGAUGCUGUGUCUUACAAGCACAGGGAGAAACCUGAUAUGUCCGUCUUCAGAGACGCCGUUCAAGAUUGUCUUCAUUCCCAACCCUCUAACCCUAACCCUAACCCUAAAUCCAUUACCAAACCCCUCACCGACGAUCCCCAACUUGACAAAUUCUCUGGUCUUCGCAUUACCAACCAAUGUUUAACCCCUGCUGAGCUUAGGGAAUCUGUUCAAGACAUUCGUUUUGUUCGCUUACCCGUCAUUAAGAAUUUGGUGAAUGGAGAUUCUUUCUCUGGAAGUUGGGUCACUGUUGGAGUGUUGACUGAGAAGGGGAUUCAGAAAACAAGUUCAAAUGGGAAGAGCUAUUGCAUAUGGAAAAUUGGUUCUUUAGAUGAAAAUACUAUUUCUCUUUUCUUGUUUGGUAAUGCUUAUCAGAGGAACUGUCAAGAGAAGGAAGGAACCGUCUUUGCACUCUUCAAUUCUACUGUCCGCAAGGAUGCCAAGGGUAAUGGUUUUUCUUUGAGUAUAUACUCCCCUAAUCAAAUUAUGAAGAUGGGCACCUCUGUUGAUUAUGGAGUUUGCAAAGGGAAAAGAGCGGAUGGGAUGUCUUGUACACUGGCAAUAAAUAAGCGUCAGGGGACUUAUUGUAAAUAUCAUAAAUCAAAAUCAUCAGAGAAAUAUUCCACAGUACGAACUGAACUCAAGGGAGGCAGGAACUUAAGAACAGCAUUUCGGCCAAGAGAUUAUCUCAAGUCAGAAGGAAUAUACUUAGUUGACCCCCUUGCCGACAAAACAAACUUGAAAAAAUCUAAGCCAGUGAAAUUGUUAUCUGUGGAUGGUAUCAGAAAGGCUUUGAGUAAUGCAGGAAAAGUAACAACAGCUUCACACUCGCAAGGGAUUAGAUUUCUUUCCGAGGUUGCAGGAAAAUUUGAUCCAAAAAUGAUGAAAAAAGAACCAAAGACUCCAAAUGAUCAAAGCAAAUGCACAACGAAGAGGAAAUCAUCUUCUGUUAAUAUGGGGUACUCUUCUGUCAUAAGAAACCAGCAGUUGGAUGUAAAAAAAGCAAAGACAGAGAGGCAAGUUUUUGUUGAUAAAGCCACAAAGAGUACAGGCAAGAUGAUUGAAUUAGAUCUUAUUAGUUCGGAUGAGGACUUCUGAAAAUCAUGUGUUGCUCUGCUCUAUUUUGUUGUUGAGUGUCAAGAAUGUGGUGUGAGAAGAAAAUAAAUACUACCGCUGGGUGGUGGUAAAAACUAAAAUAGUGCACAUUAGUGCCCAUAUAGUUUCGAAGGUUCACUUGAAAGAUUAGUCUCUUGUGCAAAUACGCCAAAGUCCUGCAUAAUAAAGAAUUUAUUUCUUAGUUAUAUUGGUAGUAGGGAUACCAAAUUUUACUAGGUUAUCUACAUUUUUAUCAGUUGGGGGUAAACUAAAUGAGUUUAGCUCAUCUGAAUUCAGAAACUCCCUUCAAAAGAUAAGUUAAGUAUUUGUCAAUGAAUAUAUCAUUCAAGGGUUGGUGGUCAACAGCUUAUUAUUUGAAACAGUUGGAUGUAAUCUUUUUUCUUCAAUUUGAUAGCUGAGAUGUGCUAUUGAUAACCUGUGAUCCAAGUCAUGUUAAAUUGCACUUUCUUACUUGCUGUCCA